AUGGGGUGUCAAUGGCCCUUUGCAAGGCUUUGUGUUGCCUUGGAGUUGACGGUGACCGGCGCGACGGAGAGGGAGCUGGAGCGAUGGUUGGCCGAGCCCGUGAGAUACGUGGUGCUGCCGUCCUCUGCGUUCAUUCUGAAUAGGUCUGGCUAUCCUGUCCUACCGAAGAAGGGCAAAGUUUUACUCCAGCAGCUCUUCCGACGCAAGGUGCAGCUCAUCGUGUCUGGGCCCGAUGCAACGGCAGUGGAUGCAGGCGAUCAUGAGGGUAUACAGACGCGUCUGUCGUACUUGGCACGUCUCUUCCAGGACUUGCCUGCGCUCUCACAAGCAGAGCGGUUUGCAUAUUCGCACUUGGACACCCUGCAGGCCCCUUUGCAGCCACUUGCAGACAACCUGGAGUCCGAAACCUAUGAGCUUUUCGAAAAAGAUCCAGUCAAGUAUGCCAACUAUCAGCGCGCCUUGUUUUCCUUUUUCUGCGACCGCCGAGCACAGGGAAGACCUCCACCCUUCUGUGUGAUGGUCCUGGGUGCCGGGCGCGGUCCUCUGGUGGAAGCAGCGGUGAAGGCAGCAGCGCAGGCGGAGGUUCAGAUGGAGCUCUAUGCCGUGGAGAAGAAUCCUAAUGCAGUCCAUGCCCUCCGGCACCGGCAGAGACGGGAUGGAUGGACAUCGGUGCAGGUCGUGGCCGGAGACAUGCGGGACUGGGAAGCUCCAAGGAAAGCUGAUGUCAUUGUCAGCGAAUUGCUGGGCUCCUUCGGUGACAACGAGCUCAGUCCUGAAUGUUUGGAUGGCGCACAGCGAUUCCUGGCCACAGACGGCGUUUGCAUUCCACAAAGUUAUACUGCAGCAUUGACCCCAGUGUCGGCACCCGGGCUGUGGGCUGAUGCCCAACAGGGCGCUGCCGGUGGCGGCCUUGCAGACCUGGAG